GGGCAACGGGCCACGCCAGGAGCGUGGCGUGGCGCGAUGGCCGCCGGGCGGGCGGGCAUGGGAGAGUGUGGGGUCAGCUCGAGGUCCGGCACGCUGGUAGAGCCAGUGGCCACGCUGGCAGAGCCAGAGGCCACCCCGGACGGAGAAGCGGCGGAGCUGCUACCCUUUCUGACCAGGAGUGCGCGCGCAGACACGCAGGCGGCGGCAGCACAGCAUGCCUUGGCGCUAACCGGCUCAGAGCCGGGCCGUGUGCUGUUAGCGAGGCAGGCGGGGCUGCUGCGGGCGCUAGCCGAGUUGGCAGAGGCUGCGGCCCCAGUCCCGGCCCGCGACGCCGCCCGUGCGCUAGUGAACUUGGCUGCUGACCCCAGCCUACAUGAACAGCUGCUGGCAGCCGACCCCGAGCUACCUGCCCGCCUGCUGGGCCGCGCCCUAGACCCCCAGUGGCCCUGGGCAGACGAGGCUGCAGCCGCUCUGGCCAAUCUCAGCCGUGAGCCAACGCCCUGUGCUGCGCUCAUGGGCACGCUGGCGGCGGCGGCGCCUGGAUCGGGUCUGGAGAGGCUGGUGUGCGCGCUGUGCACAUCCGGCUACAACGCGCGCGCGCCCCUGCAUUACUUGGGGCCUCUACUCUCCAACCUCAGCCAGCAGCCAGCGGCGCGAGCCUUCCUGCUGGACCCUGACGGGUGCGUGAUCCAGCGGCUGCUGCCCCUUACCCAAUACUCAGACUCCUCGUUGCGCAGGGGCGGGGUGGUGGGGACCCUGCGGAAUUGCUGCUUCGAGCACCGGCACCAUGAGUGGUUGCUCGGGCCUGGAGUCGACAUUCUCCCCUUCUUGUUACUACCCCUGGCUGGGCCUGAGGAUUUUUCAGAGGAAGAGAUGGAGCGGCUUCCUGUUGACCUGCAGUACUUGCCACCAGACAAGCAACGAGAGCCUGAUGCUGACAUCCGGAAGAUGCUCAUUGAAGCCAUCAUGCUGCUGACAGCCACGGCACCUGGUCGGCAGCAGGUGCGGAACCAGGGAGCAUACCUGAUCCUUCGAGAGCUGCACACCUGGGAGCCAGAGCCUGAUGUGCAGUUGGCCUGUGAGAAACUCAUCCAGGUGCUUAUUGGGGAUGAACCAGAGUGUGGCAUGGGAAACCUGCUGGAAGUGCAGGUGCCUGAAGAUGUGGAGCAGCAGCUACAGCAGCUAGACCGCCAGGAGCAGGAGCAAUUGGAACAGCAGCAGCAGGGGCUGGCUGGAGAGUCAAGGGGAAAAAGGCCUGCAGCUACCUGAGGUCCCCGCUGCCUGAUGCCAGCUCCAGAGCCACCUCUGCAAGGCUUCUCAUACCAGGCCUGCUUCCUGCCACUCUAAUCCCCUUGCUCAGAGGUUGUACCUUGAUGAGAAGCAUAGGCACACUUAUGCUCCAGUCUGUGCUAAGAGUUCUGGGUUGAAUGCCCAUUAAACAUUGGAGGUUUGAGAGCAUUCUCAAUCUCAUGUUCUGUUGCUUCCAGUAAAAAUGAAGGUUGUUGCACAGCUGAGCCAGAGCUGGCUAGAGCUGGCCAGACCUUGUGCCACAGAUUCCUUCAUCGAUAGCCAGGGAAGCCACCCUUAACUUGUUCCCAGGCACUGUGGUGGGACUGGACAGAAAACAUUGCAGUUUCUUAUAAUUAAAAAACUUAAACAAAAAACAUUGCAGUCUCUGAGGAGCCAGCUGAAACUUCCAACUCCCAAAGGCACUGCGUGGUCUGGGCAUGUGCCAGCUCAGAGGUGUAAGCAGUACCUCCUGCUGUCAGCCCCAUCUCUUGGGGUCUUCUAGGAAUGUGCCCCCCUAAGCCUGUCCUUGCUUCCUGAGUUCUAUUUCCCCUUUGUGAUCAACCUCCAUCUUGAACUUGGUCCGCACCCAACCCUCAAGUUAGGUCUGUUCCCUGGCCUCCACUGCACUGAAAGACCUCCAGACCCUCCUGCUCCUAGAGCCUCUUGCCUACCACUUCAGAGAACUUCUAAGUGUGCCUGCAGCUUUGCUGUGUGUCCAAACCUUCCCCCAGCCACUGUCUACCUCUUCAGAGCCUACUGUGGGCCUGGGAGCAGCCUUCUCUGCUUUUCUUCUGGACCUAUGAUGUGUCCCUUCCCCAGUUCUGCAGUUGUCAUAGCAUCUCACCUCAUUGUGUUCCCUUCUUGAGCCUCUCAGACCUCACUGCCCUCUGCUCAUGGGCCUCUUGAGUGCUCUCCCCACUCCUCACAUACAGGCCCUACCAGGUCCCUGGGAUCCUGAUGCAGAGCUCAAGUUGUCUUGGCUGGGAGUUUGCAGUGCCCCAUUCCACACCCUUGAAUUUGGAAGACCGCCCCACCUUGUGUUCUGUCAUGACACCUGACAGUGCUUCACUAAGUGCCAGGUGUCUUCCCCAAUGGAGCCUUGUGACCUGCCCCAUUAAAGCUCUGGUGCUUUGGGCAGGGA